AUGCUGGCCGAUAGAAGCAGCCGCGCGGUGCAUGUGGGACUUGCGGAUGAGAGGACGCCGCUGCUCCCGCCUGUCGCUUCAGGCUCUGGGACAUCCAGCUUAAGACCAGCCUCGUCUAUCGGGGCGUCAUCCGACAUAGCAUCUUCAUCCCGCACACCUAUGCCGGAGGACGUCAAGAACGUAACGGAGCAGGAGGACCGCGUCGUCACGGAACACCCGUCUCCCGAAAUCGACGGGCGUGAUGGCGAAGGACCCACUGUCACCAAGUGGGAGGAGUGGGCCUACUACCUGUACUAUAACGGUGACAACGGCGUCGGGCCGCUCAACUACUCGAACAUCCUCUUCCAGUCUCUCGCCACUGCGGCUGGUCACGAUCCGCGCACAGGCCGCGCCUGCACCGACGACCAGUGCGUGAUCCGGUGGGGAGGGCGUGAGCGUUCCGUCGCGUCCGUCAUCCUAAUUGCGAACGGGAUGAGCUUUGCGAUCAUGACGCUGCUCUUCACGACAAUCGGCAGUGCAGCAGACUACGGCUCCGUGAGCCGCUGGGUACUGCUGCUUGCGACGGUAGUGUGCUGGGCGUCGCAGUUUGGGUUUCUGGGCGUCACGCAACCCUCGCAAUGGGAGGUUGCGAUGGGUCUUUUUGUGCUCGGUUUCCUCGACGCAGCCGAAAUCAGUGCGGCGCAAUACGAGAUUGUCGAGAUGCUGGAAAGGAACCGCCUCAGCGCCGUAUCGACAGCCCACUCGAACUGGGGAUAUCUCCUGACUCUGGCGCUUAACCUGUCCAUCCUCCUCCCGCUCGCCAACAACCCUAUGGUGAACAACUACACUCUCGCGGCGACAAACGUCUACUGGAUCGUACUGGGUCUGCCGUGGUUUAUAGUACAGAAGAGCCGGCCUGGCCCGCCCCUCCCUGUUGGCGAACACUGGAUCACUGUGGGGUGGAAGCAGAUUGCAAGUGCGACGAAUCACUACCGCCGCCUCCCGUAUACGUUCAUCUACCUGGCGGCGUAUUUCCUGCUCGCAGACGGGCUCAACACCACUGGUACAGUAGUUGGCAUCAUCCAGAACCAACACGUCCACUUCUCCUUCCUCCAGAACACGUAUCUGGGCCUAGCCCAGGCGAGCUGUUCCAUCCUAUCCGUCUAUGGUUUCUGGUAUAUCCAGCGGUGGCGGGCCAUCCCCACCAAACGCAUGUUCCAAAUAACCAAUCUGGUCACGGUCCUAAUCCCCUUCUGGGGCAUGAUUGGCCUUUGGACACGUACCAUUGGAUUUCACCACACGUGGGAGUUCUGGUUGUAUCAAGUCGUCUUUGGGCUGGGCCAGGCGCCGUAUUAUGCGUAUGCGCAGAGCAUGAUGGCGGAUCUGACGCCGCCGGGGUUUGAGGGGAUGUUCUUCGGCUUGUUCGGGAUCACGAACCGCGCGUCCUCGCUCGUCGGGCCGUAUGUAUGUGCGGCGAUUGUCGACGCGAGCGGGACCCAGUGGAUCGCGUUUAUAUUCCUCUUCAUCCUGUGUUUCGUGGCCGCGGUGGUCAUCACCCUCUUUGUGGAUAUGGAGCGGGGGCGGGCGGACGCCGUCGCGUUUGCCAUUGCCCAGCGCGGCGCCGUCGCCGACGUCCGCGGGAUCACCAAGGUGCCGGAAGCGCCGGACGCUAGCUAG